AAUAUAAGAAGAAAGUAGGACUAUCAAUUAAUAAUUAUUAAAAUUAACUAAAAAUUAAAUAAAUUUAUAAAAAACAAAAUAUAAUUAAUUGAAAUGAGUGCUUAAACAUUUUAGAAAUUAUAAAAGUCUAACCCACUUCAAAGCAUGAAGAAAUGUGGCUUAGUGUAAGAGGAAGAAGGCAAUAACUUUUAAAAGAAUUUCUUUAGCCUAAAGAAGUAAUCAAACUAAUGUAAAGAGUAAUAAUGCUUAAAAGAUAGACUCAAAGUUUGUACAGGUGAGCUUAAAGAUGAAAUUGAAAAAUUCGAUGAUUUAUGCAGCACUGGUAUGAUUAGUUCAGCCUACUGCGAAGAAUGCGAAAAAAUUAUGGAAUACUACCAAAGUUGA